CAUCUUUCGAAUUGCUAGUCAUUAACAGAAAACUGAGUUGUGGGCUAUCCGGAUCCUUCGGAUCACUGUUCGAGCUCGGAAACCCCGCAAAGCAACACACAGGAAGCGGAAAAAUCUAGUGAUCCAUAGCUAGCAACUUGUCGCAGUGGGAAACAUAUCACUAUGUAGCAAAAAUGGACCAAGCCAAGAUUAACGUAAUUAACUAUGCCAGUUUGAAUAAACUGAGUGUUGGGUUCUUAUCUAUUGUGGUGCCGCUCUCGAGUGGGUUAGCAGGAUGCUUGACAUAUCAAUUCAUCAACUAUUUGAACACGAAGAUGUUCAUUCAAACGCAAGCCCAAAACCAAAUCCUCAACGAAGUUCAAAAACAAAGGUCUCUUUCCACCAGUACUUAUCAUCAUCAAAAUAAUCACUUCCAAGAGCAGCCCAAGAAGAUUGGAUAUACGGCAGCCUCAGGUGACCGAAAAAAUCACCAUCACAUCGGGACGCAAGUCGUUGUUGGCCAGUUAGAAAAUCAAAGAGCUGAUCAUCAUCAUCAUCAGGAACUUGACCUCAAAACUCCUCAUUUACCUGAUCCUUCAUCGCCCUUUAAUAACAAUUACCAGGCCGAUUUCUUCGACAUUAGAGCUGAUGACCAUCACAAUCAUCCUUCCGACAAGCGGCAUUGGUUCAGUCGCUUGAAUAUCUUCCAACAACAAUUCGAAUUUUUAAAUGAUAAAUUCAAUGUGAUCGUCUUUUUUAUCCUUAUUGCAAACUUGUUCAGUAUGGCCCUUGAAAUACUUGUAUUUAAAUCUCUGGCCCAUCAUACCUUAGUUGACACAGGCUUAACUCGGGUAUAUAGUUGGCCACUAUCAAACUUACUUGUCAUAAACUACCUGAUUUCCACAGGCACCAGAGUUUAUUUUGCUCGCUUAGCAUCGACUAUGUUAAGAGCACCGAAGCUGUUCUUAAUCAGUUCAUUAGUUCUCCUUAUAAUCAGUCUGUGUGGAUUGAUUUUUCAGUCAGUUCUGGUCGGAUCUCAUUUGCUUGACUAUGAUCAAAUCAAAGUCGUCUUUACUCACAGUGGGAGCGAGGACCAAACGCUUGAAGAAUUCGUCCAUGAUCUCAGCGAUUAUUUCAGAUUGAUCGGUCUUCAUAGGAUCCGACUAGAUCUCCUUCAGUUGGCUUGGUUAGGUCCCCCAUUCGUGUGGGAUCUUUUGAUAUCCUCAGUCUUGAUGUUCAACGUCUUGGAUUCCCGUAAGCGCUGCAGAUUUGGAGCAGCAGAUGGAAGAAUUUCGUUGGGAAUCAUGGUCAUGUUUGAAACUAUGUUCCUCGUCACUUUAGUCACUUUCAUGGUGUUGUGUAUCUGCCUGCUUCUGGGCGGCAAAGGAGGCAUCGAUUUUGAGAGAAUGAAUACCCUCUAUGCUGGAUUCGAUGGGUUUGUGUCGAAGUUACAUACCAUUUCAAUCUUUUGCAGCUUACAGCACAAAGUGAACGACAGGUUGAGAUUGGAGCAGAAGUUUAUUCUAAAUUCGCAGAAGACGCGCGACUCGGCUUUGAGUGGAUAUGGUCUUGGACAAAGUGUCGGCUCUGGAAAUCCAAGUUGUCCAAGAAGACGAUCUAAGAAAGGGCCACAAACGAUCCACUUCCCGGAUUUCGUUGAAACGGAGAUUGAGGCCUCUGAAGCGGAAGGGAGCGACAUGGGUGACGACAAUGAUCAUGAUCGUUUUGAUGGAGAAAAUAGGAAUGUCGAAGUGGAGGAAGAAAUCGCUUCAAUUCAUGCGGCCGAAAACUUGAAAGUAACGUCUCUGACAUUCAUCGACAAUCGUAACUCGCAUCCAUCCCAACCACACAACAAGCAAAACAGCCCCAACCUUCGGGACUCAAACAUCAAAUUUCCCGAGCAAGCAAAAAUCUUAAAACACCAUCAUGUUGGGAGGACCUCCUCGACAUCCGAAGGGUUGUCUGGAGGGCCAAUGGCGGGUGCCCCGAUUGGGUUACCAUCAAAGUUAGGAUUGAAGGCAUUUGAAGACCUACAGCAGUUUCUGGAUGCUCGCCAUCCUCGUGGCCCUCGCCCGCACCACUCUCGCUCGAACCCCAAUCCGGAUCUGCAGUCGGUCGUUUCAGGUGCGAGACCAAAUUUCGAACCCAAUCGAUCGGUUCCAUAAAAUUUUACUGUUGGUCCCAUCUCGACUAUAAUGUAGAAAACAAUCACUAGACCAUUUGAUGAGGAUCCGGUUCACUUUGAGUGAAUAAAAAUAGGGCCCUAUGAAAAUGGUAUACUUUUUCAAUCAUGCUUUAUUUUGAUCACUCACACUAUGUAUUAUUAUGUAUGAGUAUUGUAUUACAAUUAAAACAAAUGCGAA